UGUUUCAGGGUUACAACAGGCGUAACGCGUUUAUUGUUACCCAGGCCCCAAUGUCUGAGCCGGCCGACACAACUGUUGAUUUUUGGCGUUUAGUGUUAGAUUACAAGACUGACAUAAUCGUUCAACUUAAUGACAAAACUGAAACUUGCGCCGAAUACCUUCCUCAGCGGAUAAGUCAAGAGCUGAAGAUUGAUCAAUUUACCAUUAAUACGAAGUCGUCUGAGCAAAACGAUUUAAUGAUCGAACGAAAAAUCAUGCUACAGAAGGACAAUAAAGUACAAGAGAUUUUACACUUUGAGUUUCGGCAGUGGUGUAACGCAGAACGUGUUCCGAAGGUCGAUUCGUUUGUCAGGUUUAUUGCAGCCGUUCAACGCGCUCACAUUCCUCAACAUAAUCGGCCAAUCAUCGUACACUGCCUGAAUGGUGCGGUUCGAUCAGGAUUGUUCUGCUCGGUAUAUUCAAUAAUAGAUAAAAUUAAAGAAGAGAAAAUUGUAGAUGUAUUCCAAACACUCAAAAAACUGCGAUCAGUUUGUCCUACAAUGGUAAACUCCAAGGUGCAAUAUACAUUUUGCUACGAUGCAGCACUGUGUUACCUUGAUGGAUCUGAAGCUUAUGUCAACUUUUAGUUAAAUCAAAUUUCUAGAUUUUACUGAGAAAGCAUGCCUCUUAUAUUCAUAAUUAGACAUUUAACUAUAAAAUUAGAUAUUAUAUUAAUUAGAAUUAUUGUUGCUAAUUAUAUCGUUAUUGUCGCAUCAAAUUGAUAAUUUGUAAUGUUUUUUUUUAAAGAAAAUAAAAUGCAUUUCUGUGAUUUUAGGCACAUUGAUAAUAUCAAAAUUAGUCUCAUUAAGUAACUUAACGAGAAUAGUUGCUCAUAAUAUGAAUUUAAAUAAAUUAUAUUAUAUAAUGAUAUAGUGCACUGGAAUAAUGAAAAUAAUACUGCUAAAUAAAAUAAAGACCAUAAUUGUUUUUAUUCGAAAAUAAAAUGUUUUUUUUUUUUAUAUUUUCUGCACGCCGAUAAUAUCAAUUUCGAAAGAAAAAUAUACACAAGAUGUUUUACAUUAACUAGGCCUCAGCCUCUUUAUGAAACAUAAGGAGAAAAUGUGUUUGUAAUAGGAAUUUGAAUAAGUUAUAUCAGCAAUAAUACAUGUAACAGUCAAUAAUAUAGUGUAUUGUAAUAAUGAAAAUAAUACUGUUAAACAUAGUAAAAAUCUUAAUUGUUAAGUAAUGAUAAUAAUAUGAUAACAUAGUAAACAUUAUUCUAAUUCUAGCAAAUCAACGUAUAUUCCAGUUAUAAUUUCAAUAUUAGGUUACGGUGAUGAUUUUAAUAUCACUGUUUCUUUUAAUUAUUAUUAUGUAUAAUAUAGAUAAAUUAUUCCAUUAUCAGGUAAUUUAGACACACUUUUAUCUACUCUAUAGACCUUAUAUGAUACUUUUGUUUAGUAGGUGCAAUGUACAUUGUUGUGCAACGAUGCAGCAGAGAAAAGAAAAAUAGCUUUACUUUUCGUCAUGGCUACUUUGAUAGAUCUGAGUUUAUGUCAAUAAUUAAUUAGUUUUAUUAAGGCUCAUACUUUUACACAGAAAGUACCUUAUAGUCAUAAGUUGAUGAUUUAUUAGAUUUUGAUAAUAAUAAAAAUAGAUAUUAUUAAUUAAUUAUAUAUUAUUGUAUUAUUAAUUAUAAUAUAUUGUUAAUUAUAUCGUUAUUUUCACAAGAAAUUGAUGAUUUAAAGAAGAUUUAAGAUUUCUUUAUUCUUGUCAUUUCGGGAAAGUAGAUCGUCGGAAAGUAGAGUGCAAGAUGUAUAAAAAACAAUAAUAUGAUUACAAUUAUUGUCUAAAACUUAUUUGAUAUUAUUGUGAUUAAGAAUGUUAAUUGAUAAUGGUAAUAAUAAGUUGAGACAUCUAUGUGUUAUACAGCUUUGUGAUUUUAAAUGAAGAUGCGUUUAGUGGGUGGAAACUAUCUGUCAAGAUACUCUUAACUUUAUAACUUUAAUAUCACAAUUUGUGUUUUGUUUUA